GAAUCCUUCGGAGAGCGGAGCAGGCUCGCGCGCGUGCAUCCCGCACCAUCCCCCGGCCCCGGGCUCCGACUCGCGUCUGACCGAGCUGCCGCCGCCUCUGCCACCACAGUAGCAGCAGCAGCAGCAGCACUAGGGGAUCCGGGCCCAGCCGGGGCCGCGGGAGGCGGGGGUGCCCGGGCCCUGGAUGUCCCGCAGCGCGGCAGCCAGCACGGUGCGGGCACCAUGAACAAGUUACGCCAGAGCCUGCGGCGGAAGAAGCCAGCCUACGUGCCUGAGGCCUCGCGCCCGCACCAAUGGCAGGCAGACGAGGACGCGGUGCGCAAGGGCACGUGCAGCUUCCCAGUUAGGUACCUGGGCCACGUGGAGGUGGAGGAGUCCCGGGGGAUGCACGUGUGUGAAGAUGCUGUGAAGAAGCUGAAGGCGAUGGGCCGGAAGUCCGUGAAAUCUGUCCUGUGGGUAUCAGCCGAUGGGCUCCGAGUGGUGGACGACAAGACCAAGGACCUGCUCGUAGACCAGACCAUCGAAAAGGUCUCCUUUUGUGCUCCUGACCGCAACCUGGACAAGGCUUUCUCCUAUAUCUGCCGCGAUGGGACCACUCGACGCUGGAUCUGCCACUGUUUCCUGGCGCUGAAGGACUCCGGUGAGAGGCUGAGCCACGCUGUGGGCUGCGCUUUUGCCGCCUGCCUAGAACGAAAACAGAGGCGGGAGAAGGAAUGCGGGGUCACUGCUGCCUUCGAUGCCAGCCGCACCAGUUUCUCCCGCGAGGGCUCCUUCCGCCUGUCUGGAGGCGGGCGGCCCGCGGAGCGAGAGGCCCCAGACAAAAAGAAAGCAGAGGCAGCCGCGGCCCCUACUGCGGCUCCAGGCCCUGCCCAGCCUGGACACGUAUCCCCGACACCUGCCACCACAUCCCCUGGCGAGAAGGGUGAAGCAGGCACACCAGUGGCUGCGGGCACCACUGCAGCUGCCAUUCCCCGGCGCCAUGCCCCUCUGGAGCAGCUGGUUCGCCAGGGCUCCUUCCGUGGGUUCCCUGCACUCAGCCAGAAGAACUCACCUUUCAAACGGCAGCUGAGCCUGCGGCUGAACGAGCUGCCUUCCACGCUGCAGCGCCGCACUGACUUCCAGGUGAAGGGCACAGUGCCUGAGAUGGAGCCUCCUGGCACCAGUGACAGUGACGGCAUCAAUGCUCUGUGCACACAGAUCAGCUCAUCUUUCGCCAGUGCUGGGGCACCAGCGCCAGGCCCACUGCCAGCCACAACAGGGACUUCUGCCUGGGGUGAGCCCUCCGUGCCCCCUGCAGCUACCUUCCAGCCCGGGCAUAAGCGGACACCUUCGGAGGCUGAGCGGUGGCUAGAGGAAGUGUCCCAGGUGGCCAAGGCCCAGCAGCAGCAGCAGCAGCAACAGCAGCAGCAGCAAGGGGCCUCGGCGCCCCCCGUGCCCACCCUACUCCCCACCCUGCAGCCCUUCCCUGCCCCCAUGGGGCCCUUCGACGCAGCACCUGCCCAGGUGGCUGUGUUCCUGCCACCCCCACAUAUGCAGCCCUCCUAUGUGCCCGCCUACCCAGGCUUGGGCUACCCACCCAUGUCCCGGGUGCCCGUGGUAGGUAUCACACCCUCACAGAUGGUGGCCAAUGCCUUCUGCUCAGCCGCCCAGCUCCAGCCCCAGCCUGCCACCCUGCUUGGGAAAGCUGGGGCCUUCCCACCCCCUGCUGCGCCCAGUGCCACUGGGGGUCAGGCCCACCCACGCCCCAAUGGGGCCCCCUGGCCCCCUGAGCCAGAACACGCCUCGGCCCCUGAGCUGGACCCGUUCGAGGCCCAGUGGGCAGCAUUAGAAGGCAAAUCCGCCACAGAGAAGCCUUCUAACCCCUUCUCUGGUGACCUGCAGAAGACCUUCGAGAUUGAACUGUAGCCCGAGCUGCCCCUGCCCACCCCAUCAUCUCUGGGUGCCCCACACCUGGGAGUGGAGGCAUGACCCCUCCCCUGGUCCUGCUCCCUGGGGCUGCACCCCCCAACACCCUCUCUAACCACUUCUCUCUACCACCCCACAACCACUACAGAACCAACAUUGGGACGCCCAGGUUGCGACAGGAUGGAAUUCAGGGACGGACCCAGCCUGGCUAAGGGACUUAUUUCACUGCCAGACUUAACCUGGCAAUGCCGCCUCCCCCGCUCCGAACACAGGGAUGGCCACAAUCCCACUGAAUGCCCUCAGUUCAAGUCACAUUUCCCAGUUUCUGUUCUCGACCUUCCACCUUCCAGUGUUCGGUAGGAUGGAGGAGGAAUGCCCGCUUAGGGGCUCCCCUGGGCCCCACAUGAGUGUCCACCCCAUGUCUGGUCAUCGCCCCCCAUACACAGCACAAGCAAAGGGCCUCCCUCUGCCCACCUGCUGCGUUCACUGCCAGUGCUGUGCCCACCCCUCUGACCCGCCACCCACAUCUUUCUGGGGGCAGGGGCCAAGUUGGGGACCCAGGAAGCGGGGUAGGGGGAAGGGGAAGAAGAUGCUCAGUUACCUCACGUCCGCACCCGCUUGGAGGGUGGGGGUCCGGGCAGAAAGGGGAGGGGUGCCGGGCGGGUACUUUUGUAUCUUUUAUUUCCAGAUUUUUUUUGUAUCUAAACUUGCAGAUUUGUAUUAUACAAGGACAGCUAAUAAAGGAAGACUAUAAUGGUGACCCUCGGGAGAAGCCGGGUGUUUCUGGGGGCGGGGUGUGGGCGCAGACCUUUCCUCCUGACUCAUCUGCCAGAACAGGAGCCGGGGAAGGGGCUUCCUGUGCAAUUACCUCUGGGUCAUAACAGCGUGACAGGUAACGCCGACUCAGCACUGGAGAGGCGGAUGCUAAAUGGUGCCAAAAAUUAAUCACCCCAUUUCUGUACCUUACAGAUUUUGAACUAAGGAAUAAAAAGCAAAAAUUAUAAACCGC